AUGCAAUACGGCAACACUAACUGGCCAUGCGUCCAGCAGUGCUCAACACCAGACUACCGUAACAUCCCACACCCUGGUCCCUAUCCUCAGUGGGUCCCCGAGGAGCAGCUAGAUUUUUCGCCUUCACGAUCUUGGAGCCGAGAUCAGGGAACGCAGUCCCUCAACUACAACAACUCGAACCUUUCCUGGCGCCUCGGUCCCUUUACCAGGUCGUUUCCGGACAACGAUCUCGAGCUGUUUGCGGAGCACUUUAAACAGCGUCGAAUGAAAUUAGGUGUCACCCAGGCGGAUGUCGGUAGGGGACUCGGGGCGAUGAUGAUACCUGGUGUCGAGGGCCUGUCCCAGUCGACCAUCUGCAGGUUCGAGUCACUUACGCUCUCGCGUACCAACAUGCUCGCGCUCCGCCCACUCCUUCAAAUCUGGCUGGACCGUGCCGAGGCACUGGGACACUCGGGGGGCAGCCCGCGGGCGUUGGACGCACCCCCGUUCCAGCCGCCAAACCUAAGCACCCCCCACCAGGGCCGAAGGAAACGAACCUGCAUCACCGACAGCGAGAGGAGGGCGCUGGAAACGUAUUUUGCGGUGCAGCCGCAGCCCUCGGGUGAAAGAGUGGCUCAGAUUUCUUCUCUGCUGGGUCUCCCUAAAAGCGUGGUGAGGGUCUGGUUCUGCAAUCAGCGACAGAAACAAAAGAGACUCAAGUUUGGCGUUGAGACUGCGAAGUCGAAGUAUGGAAGUGAUAACUGA